AGAACCUCUCCAAUAAUGUCACCACGAACAAGCAUCACAGAGGAAACCUACUUGGGACGACAUUCACCCUCGCCCCGUCCCAACUCCAGGUCUUCAUCACCCGGUGCGAAGCGAAGAUAUUCAUGUGCUGAGCUCUUCACUACUCAGCUGCCCUCCGCCUCGCCACACCAGUCUAGGACCCCCUCUCCACAGGCUUCGCCCAACAUCUCGCUGAGGGAAGACGGACCUUCAGUCACUUGCACUCAGUUGCCCAACUCUACCAUUCUUAUGGACACCAUGAGCAACCUUACCACAGAUCCCCCUUGUGGCAUCCCCUCCAAGAUGUGGAAAACCAGCCCUGACCCAUCACCAGUUCCCUCCCAAAAAACCAGCAUGCCACGGCACACCAUCUAUCCAAGUGCUGAUUAUCGUGGCUCUUGUGAGCAGGAGGAAAGGAGGAACUCAGCUCCAGAGUCGAUUUUAUUGGUGCCCCCAAGUUGGCCAAAGCAAUUGGUUCCUGCCAUACCUAUCUGCAGCAUCCCAGUGACUGCAUCCCUUCCACCUCUUGAGUGGCCCCUUUCCAGUCAAUCAGGGUCUUAUGAAUUGCGGAUUGAAGUCCAGCCAAAGCCCCACCAUCGGGCACACUAUGAGACAGAGGGCAGUCGAGGGGCUGUCAAAGCUCCCACAGGAGGUCAUCCUGUGGUCCAGCUUCAUGGUUACAUGGAAAACAAACCCUUGGGCCUUCAGAUCUUCAUUGGGACAGCAGAUGAAAGGAUACUUAAGCCACAUGCUUUCUAUCAAGUCCACCGGAUCACGGGGAAAACAGUCACUACAACCAGCUAUGAAAAAAUCGUGGGCAACACCAAAGUAUUGGAAAUCCCACUGGAACCAAAAAACAACAUGAAAGCAACCAUCGACUGUGCUGGGAUCCUGAAGCUUAGGAACGCAGAUAUUGAGUUGCGGAAAGGAGAGACAGACAUCGGGAGAAAGAACACGCGGGUGCGCCUAGUUUUCCGUGUGCAUAUCCCAGAAUCCAGUGGGAGAAUUGUCUCUCUGCAAGCUGCGUCCAAUCCCAUUGAGUGCUCCCAAAGAUCUGCACAUGAACUGCCCAUGGUUGAAAGGCAAGAUAUUGAUAGCUGCCUGGUUUAUGGAGGACAACAGAUGAUCCUCACUGGCCAGAAUUUUACAGCAGAAUCCAAAGUUGUAUUUACUGAAAAGACAACAGAUGGGCAACAAAUUUGGGAGAUGGAAGCCACAGUGGAUAAAGAUAAGAGCCAGCCUAGUAUGCUUUUUGUUGAAAUACCCGAGUAUCGAAACAAGCAUAUCCGCACACCCAUGAAGGUGAACUUCUAUGUCAUCAAUGGGAAAAGAAAAAGAAGCCAACCUCAACAUUUUACUUACCAUCCAGUUCCAUCCAUCAAAACAGAGCCCAUUGAUGAAUAUGAUCCUGCCUUAAUCUGCAAUACAGUGCACAGUCCUUUGGGAACAGUAACACAGCCUUACUAUUCACAGCACACAAUGGCCACUGAGACCCCUUCUUGUCUUGUGGCCACUAUGGCAUCGUGCCAACAAUUCCGCUCAGGUUUAUCUUCUCCCGACUCUCGGUACCAACCACAGAAUUCAACAGCUGUAAUAUACCAGAGGAGCAAGAGCUUGAGUCCCAGUCUCUUGGGCUACCAGCAGCCUACUUUGAUGGCCUCACCCAUCUCCAUUUCAGAUGCUCACCGGUCAGUGCUAAUGCAUGCUGGCUCUCCAGGGCAGAAUUCAGCUCUGCUCCACCACUCCCCAACCAAUCAGCAGUCUUCUCCAGUGAUUCACUAUUCUCCGACUAAUCAGCAGGUGAGAUGUGGAACCCACCAAGAAUUCCAACACAUCAUGUGCUGUGAAAAUUUUACAUCCAGCUCUGCAGCCCGACCCAAUCCAAGCCAAGUCAGCCAAGCACAGAGGAUAAGUCCAAGCUCCUAUCCUACAGUAAUUCAACAACAGAAUGCUUCAAGUCAACGAGCCGCUAAAAAUGGACCACCAGUUAAUGACCAAAAGGAAGUAUUACCAGCAGGAGUGACUAUUAAGCAGGAACAGAACCUGGACCAGGCCUAUUUGGAUGAUGUUAAUGAAAUUAUCAGGAAGGAAUUUUCUGGAUUUCCUGCCAAAAAUCAGACGUAGAAGAAGUGAUUAGCAAGACAACAUUUAUUGAAUGCUUCCGUAACUGGCCUCUUGGACCCUUCUACUGCCCCUACCUACCACCUUCUGUUUCCUUUACUAUUCAUCUCAAGGCCUGGAUUCAACAUGACGAACAAUGUAUUGGCAUAAAGCUGACUUUCUUGAUUAAGGAGCUCGCCACCUUUCUCUGUAAACAUCAGAAGGGACAGUCUUCCUUCCCCCUCCCCCCCCAAAGAUCAUUUUGUUUGACCUUAAUCAUGUAUCAACCACAUACUGUGUUGCCUGCUGAAAAAAAAAAAAAAAGAAUGAAAAGAAUAAUGAAAACACCCUACUGGAAUUCUACGCUGAAGCAAGUGACAUUAGCCGGGACAGAGCGGGAGGGAGGAGGAGAAGGGAAAAUGGAGAAAGCAUGCACUUUGAUGAAAAAUUAAACCCCAGCACUUCCAUUCAUUUUUCUAGGCAGAGCUCCUGUGCCUUUUGAAGGAAAGGAGUGCUGAGAACACCCAACCCAAAGGAAAAUGCUUAAAGUUUCCAGCACCACAGCCUGAAGAAAUCCAAAGCACUGGGGGAAAAUGGAGAAGAUGGAACUUGACUAUUCUUUCAUAGGGUUGCUCUAUUCCCUGCUAUCAUUGGGGCCUAUCCAAAGUUUAUUUUUCAUUUU